CCGGGGCGGCCGCUGCUGGCGUUUCGCUCCGGCCUCGGGCCGCCCCUCGGACCCUGAGGUUUAUUCUCCUCGGCCGCCGCCGCCCCUCGGGGGCUCCUGCCCACCAUGAGCUACGGCCGCCCGCCUCCCGAUGUGGAGGGCAUGACGUCCCUCAAGGUGGACAACCUGACCUACCGCACCUCCCCGGACACCCUCCGGAGGGUCUUUGAGAAGUACGGCCGCGUGGGCGACGUCUACAUCCCCCGGGACCGCUACACCAAGGAGAGCCGCGGCUUCGCCUUCGUGCGCUUCCACGACAAGCGGGACGCGGAGGACGCGAUGGACGCGAUGGACGGGGCGGUGCUGGACGGCCGGGAGCUCCGCGUGCAGAUGGCCCGCUACGGCCGCCCGCCCGACUCGCACCACAGCCGCCGCGGGCCGCCGCCCCCCCGGAGGUUGGACCGCAUGACUUACUGUUGCCCCUUCCAGCUGGACCGAUUGUGGGAUUGUGUGUCUGUUUUCCUCCCUAGAAGACGCCGUCGCAGCCGAUCUAGAAGCAGGAGCCGCUCUAGGUCUCGCAGUCGGUCCCGCUACAGUCGAUCCAAAUCCCGGUCUCGCACACGUUCUCGGUCUCGCUCCACCUCCAAGUCCAGAUCUGCCAGGAGAUCCAAGUCAAAGUCCUCAUCUGUCUCCAGAUCCCGGUCCAGGUCAAGAUCCCGGUCCAGAUCUAGAAGCCCACCUCCUGCCUCAAAGAGGGAAUCCAACUCUAGAUCCAGGUCUAAGAGCCCUCCCAAGUCUCCGGAAGAAGAAGGAGCUGUAUCCUCCUAGGAAUAUGGUAAUGUACCUCGGGAUCAGCAUAGGAUGCAUGUUUCUUUAUUAUAGCACUUAGGUGGGGUGUUGGGUAGUUCUUGAAACAUUAAUAGCCUGAACCAAGUGAAUCCUAGUGGGGCACAUUGUUAGUUGUUGCUUUUGAUAUUUUUUUUCUUGAGCAGUGGUUUUUUGGUUAUUGAUUUAGGGAAAUAAUUACUGAAGGGUUUUCUACAGAGAAAUAUUUUUUUUUAAACAGAGAAAAUGUUUUAUUGCAAGAUUAAUGCCUUGGUUUUAAUAAAAUAUUGUAUGAGACGCAACCUAUGAUGAAAAUGACUAUUUCUUACUGUAUUUAUCCAACAUCUGCAUUUUCCCCUUUAAAGCUGCGGUCUCCUGUUUGCUAAAAGAAUAUUGGCCAGUAUUGCAGAUUUUAACUGAUUUGGCUGAUCCUCCAGGGACCAGUUUCUGUGGGCGAGUGUUGGAGCAGGUUUGUCUUACACUGUUAAAGAUACACUAUCCUUUUAGAACGGAAGAUCGGUUCAGUGGCCGUUAUACUGACUGGAGGUAAUAACUGUCCUAGAAAAGUGGUAAAUUCCUUGCAACGAGAAAACCACGGAAACUUAGUUUUUCCUCAAGUCGACAUCUUGAAGAGGCAUCUAAGGAUACACCGGGUGGGGAAAGGAUAGUGUGUCUUUAACCCUUCAAACUGUUUGGUCCUGUUUUUUAAAAGGAAAGGGCCUGAGCUAGCUCUGGAGUUAGAUAAUUGUAGCAAAAUUAGUCACAUUUUCGGUUUUGAGUGCUAAUUAGAGCUUAGUUAAGUCUUUAUGAAGAAGUAUUAGUUUUGUAACUUUUAUAGAACUCUGAAUAAUUGAGUGGUAACAGGCUGAAUUGAAGUUAAUGGUGGAUUGAUCUACAGCCUGGUGCUUACUCUGCUUUGUAACUAAAUAUUUUGACUGAACUUUACAUUUGGCCUCUGAAGUAAAGCAACACACGGGGGGAGGUGGAACACUAUGGAAAUUCCUAAAGCUUAAUUAAAUUAGGCAAAGCCAGUUGAAACACAACUAGAAGUAUCCCUGAAGUCAUCCACACCCAAAAUAGACAAGGUAGAAACCUGGCUGAACUUUUCUCUCUUCAAACCUAGAUGCUUCAGCUAGAUGAGAACCCACAUAAAGGACGCCUUUGGGGGGAAAAGAUCGCUUGAGUCUUCAGCCCAUUGGAGAGACCCUGGCCGAGCAACCAGCUGUUGAAAAGGCGCAGUUGUGUAGCAGUUGAGUAAUGCUGGUUAGCUGUUAAGGUGGCGUGUUGCAGUGCAGAGUGCUUGGCUGUUUCCUGUUGUCUCCUGAUUGCUCCUGUGUAACGAUGCCUUGUCGUGCAGAAACAAAUGGCUGUCCAGUUAAU